AUGGCUGCAAGUGAGGCGGAUGGCCAGGCAGAGCGCGAGGGCGACGUAGCCGAGGGGCGUGAGAUGAUCACUGAUGACGGACGGAUGGGCGGGGGGGCAAGCCGCGGUGCAGCAGUGCGGCAGAGCAGAAGCAAGUGUGGAAUGCCAAGCGAGGCCGAGGCCGUCUGCAGGGGCAGUGGAUAA